CUCUACCAGACAUCGUGGUUCCCUUCGGCCACCUCAAGGCUCCAGCCACCAGCCGCCCGGCCCUACUCGGACGCCGCCGCCGCCGCCGGCGCACCAGGCGCUCGCUUACCAUCCUCCCCCAAACCCCGGCGCGGCAUCCUGUGGGUAGGCUGGUGCUCGUGCGCCGGCAGCGGCUGCUGAGGGGCUCAGACGAGGCGAGGCGGAGCGGGCGAGAGAGCGCGAUGGCAUCGCUGGGGCGGCUCAAGUCCGCCAUCUUCGACAGGGAGGAGAGGAGGAUGCUGAAUUGUUGCUUCACGACUCUGGAUGUGGGAUUCAUGGAUGCAGGCAGUACCAGUCGCACAUCCGGGGGCUCAACGCGUACGAUCGCCACAAGAAGUUCAUGAAGGAUUAUGUUCAGUUUUAUGGCCAUGAGAAAAAUGUGGAUAACAGUCUGCCCAUCAAAACUGAUAAGGAUACAUUGAGAGAAGGAUACAGGUUCAUUCUUUCCGAGGAAGAUGACAUGGAUUCAACUUGGGAGAAGAGGCUGGUCAAACGUUACUAUGACAAGCUUUUUAAAGAGUAUUGCAUUGCUGACAUGACCCAGUAUAAAAAAGGCAAGAUUGGAUUGAGAUGGAGAACAGAAAAAGAAGUGAUAUCUGGCAAAGGGCAAUUUAUCUGUGGCAAUAGGCAUUGUGAUGAAAAACAUGGGCUAGGUAGUUAUGAGGUGAAUUUUUCUUAUGUUGAAGCAGGGGAGCAGAAACAAGCACUAGUGAAGCUGGUAGCUUGCAAGGGAUGUGCAGAAAAGCUUGCUUAUAAGAGGCUGAAGGAGAAAGAGAAAGAGAAGCAGGAAGAUCCCUACGGUGAAAAGGAAAUUGAGUUGAAAGACAGGGACAAGAGAAAGAGAGAACAUGAAGAAAGUGAUGAUACCUCUGAGGAUGAGGCCAAGAAAGAUAGAAGAAAGAAAAAAGAUCGGAAGGGAGCUUCUUCAAGGAGUUCAGGAAACAAUGAUGAAGGUUUCGAAGAGUUCCUCGAAGGCAUGUUCCCAUGAUCUGGUUAUCUUUGUGGCUACAAAAAGUUGUUCCAUGCUCUUUCAGGGUAAAAACAGGCACGGAUCUUGUAACAAUGCCAUUAUUAGUGGAGUAGCAAAUCGUUGCAAAUCCGACCCUUGAUGUGCUUUGACUACAAGUCAAUGUAGGUGCGCUAUCUGUAAUUAUGUGUGCCCGUGUUGUUUGAUUUUCACAUGGCUUUUGUGGCUGUGGCUGUGAGAGAUGCCCGUUACUCUGUUAGUCAAAGAAAAGAUGAAUGUAACUACUCGUGGGUCUACGUCUACUUUAGUGUUACACUGAAGGAGUGAAGGACAAUUUCAGCAACAUUGACUUGUGUAUCUAUGUCAGUGUUCUGGCUGGAGAGGUUGGGUGA